AUGCCGAAGAAGCUUGCCGUUAAUGGACGUACUGUUUGGGUAGAGGAGGAAGAUUUUGACGAUGUGUGCGAAAUGUUCAAGGAGAAUGUGACUGUGGACGACUUGGAAAGUUGGGAGAAUCGAUUUGAAGUCGCACAACUCGUUGAAUUAUUUUUGCCGAUUUGCACUUCAUCAUGCUGGUCUUUCGUGGAAGCGCUUUGA